AUUAAAGAAUGUCAUCCCAGUCCAUUUAUUGCUUUAGACACGUAGACCUAUUUCAGCCGCACAUCUACAUGUAAAACCAGAGCUGCUUUGUCAAUGUGUUAAAGAUGGCAGCGACCUUGGUUUUGUCUCUGUUUCUGAUACUCAUUUCCUCCUCUCUUCUUCUCCAUCAUCGUCUUCCUCAUCCUGGUGCCAAGUUAGAUCUCAAAGCCUGCAAGUUCAAUGCAAUAUACCAACUGGGUGAUUCUAUAUCAGACACUGGCAACCUUAUCUAUGAAAAACCAGGUUGUGUUUUCUUUAAGUUUCCCUACGGCGAGACUUUUUUCAACCGAUCAACAGGCCGGUGUUCCAACGGUUUGUUGAUGAUAGAUUACAUUGCACUAUCAGCUGGACUUCCCUUACUUAAUCCUUACUUGAGCAAUGAUUCAUUGUUGACUAAAGAUCAAGGCGUGAACUUUGCCGUUGCUGGUUCUACUGCUUUGUCUCCUAAUGUUCUCGCUGAGAAGAAUAUAAUUUCCCCAUUAACCAACAGCUCUCUCAGUGUGCAACUCCAUUGGAUGAGCACCCAUUUCAAUUCACUCUGUCUCAAUGCAAGAGACUGUGCUGAGAAGCUCAAGAGGUCUUUGUUCAUGGUGGGAGAGAUAGGGGGAAACGAUUAUAAUUAUGCCUUUGAGCAACAAAAAAAAACCAUUAAGGAGGCCAAGGACAUGGUUCCCCAAGUAGUCCAAGCCAUAAAAGAUGCUGUCCAAACGGUCCUUGGCUACGGAGCUUUGAGAGUGGUUGUCCCAGGAAAUUUUCCGAUAGGGUGUUUUCCAAUAUGCCUUACAGGUUUCCAAACCAAUGAUUCUUCUGCCUACGACGAAUAUCACUGCCUAAAGGAAGCGAAUGAAUUCUCAAUUUAUCACAAUGACUAUCUCAAAAUUGCUAUCGAAGAGUUGAAACAAGAGCACCCUAAUGCUACCAUCAUAUAUGGAGAUUACUACAAUGCAUUCCAGUGGGUAUUUCGUCAUGCUUCUAACUUGGGUUUUGAUGCUUCAUCUCUGCUAAAAUCCUGCUGUGGCAUUGGAGGUGACUAUAAUUUCAGCUUAGCAAAGCGUUGCGGAGCUAGUGGAGUACCAGUGUGUUCGAACCCUGACCAACGAAUUAGUUGGGAUGGAGUUCACCCCACUCAGAAGGCUUACCACUAUAUGUCCGACUGGCUCAUCCGAGACCUCUUACCUCGGCUUGGUUGUGGUCCUGUUUGAGUUUUGUGUUCAAGUUGUGAAACUAGUGGAAAUAAGAACAUGACUAGCAUCAGCCUAAUUAAAUUUGAUAAAUAAGGGGCUCGUACUCAAAAGAUUAUAAA